AUGCCGUGGCCAGGCUCGCACGCGCAGGUGACCGCGAGCCACGAAUCGCCGUCAUCGCCGCCGUCCUUCUUCGAGCCGUCGCCGGCGUUGCCCCACGACCCGAGCGCGGAGGCUGGAGCCGACGAUCCCGAGCACAAGGAAACCGGCACGGCGGGUGCCGGCUUCGCUAAGUCGAUGUACGAGUCGUGCGUGAGCCACCGGGAGUGCAGCUUCCAGAACCCGAACCUGCAGUGCGUCGACUUCCUAUGCUACUGCCCGCUGCCGUACGUGCUGACGGAAGCGCACAAAUGUCUCGCACCAUCUGGUCCGCACAACAACAUGAUGUUCGCCAUCGCGCCCACGGCGGUUCUGAUAGCCGUGCUGCUUCUGAUUGGUGGCGCUUACACCUACAAAAAGGUAUCUGGCGGCAGCAGUGCCUGGUCGACCAACAGCAGCGUGGUCGGCCUUCGCAGCGCCGACGAGCGUCGCCGGUCGGAGUCUACGCGUCGCGUCUCGUCGGCCAUCCGGCUGGGUCGCAAGGCCGAGGCGAGCAGGCGCCUGCGGCUCUCGCUCGACGAACACGGCGCGGCGCUGAGGAACGCCAAGGCGCCCCGGCACCCGCCGCGAUUCAUCAAGAGCAAGCCGCGCCAGCAGAGCGUGCAGCGAACGCAGAGGUCGCGUUCGCCAGACGUCCGUGCCAACGUGAUUAAGGAGGAGCCGACGUCGUACCGCACCUCGCCUCGCCGAGCAGGGACGGCGUCGUGCAAGCCAACCAACGUGCACAGAAUCCUGCCCGUGCGCGAAGAGGUGGCCGUACACAUCUUUCACCAGAGCCCGACCUCGGCUUCCCAGGAGCUGUCCACCGAGGUUCCGUGGCUGAGGCAGGCGCAGAAGGAGGCAGGCAGGCGGAAAUCCCCGACGCAGCUGCUGCUUCCGCGUAACGACCCACUGUGCAGGAUGCUCAACGAAGCUGAAGUCAAGGUCAGCGUCGAGAGGCACAGCUCGACCGCCAGUGACGCCAUCACCAAGGCCGCACGUCCGCCUCCGAGGUUUACCGGUGACCACCGAAAUUCCGGCUCGCAACCGUCGGGUCCCUUUCCCUGCCAGUUGCGGGAGGUGAGCAAGGCAGAGUCCACCACCGAUGACUCGUUCAUGAGAGAGAUCCGGUUCAAGAUGAGAGCCUCUUCCGUGCCGGCGGUCAGCGUUCAGGAACGCGCCAUGUCCACCGACGCCGUACGCACCGUGGACACUGCCGUGCAGCUCGACAAGACCAGCCCGGAGAUGACCGAUAAAUCGCAGCAGAUGUCCGAGCAGCCGAACGUAGCUCCAGAGCUCAGAGCUACCUCUCUUGUGCACAAGGUGGUCCAGGAGGCGAACUCGAAGCAAAAAUCUGCAAAUGUGAGCCAACAGCAAGCUAAAGAAACCGUGGAGCAUCCGUGUGGAUCUCGGCAACUUUGCGUGAAAGACGACAAGGUUGAAACGUCUCAGAAGUCUGAUGCGUCUUCAUCAAGGGAACAGGAAAAAACAAACAAGAUCCCCGGAAAACGUCUCAGCUUUCUCAAGCGUAUCUUUUCCGAUUCUUCGUCAAGCAAGAUCCACGUGAGCGCUGCUAAGGAACCACCGCCUAUGCCAGGGCCUCCAAAGAAAAUCUUCGAACACCCUCCGAAAGCGGCGGACGCAUCACAGGUGAUGAAAACCGUGAAGCCUGCAGAAGACUCGAAGAGAGAUACUGGCAAUGUUGACGUUAAGGCGCCAAUUUCACGUAAAGCUGUAACUGCCGCCAACACUUCUAAAGAGCCAACGACAAAAAACCCGGUUUUUACAGACGUCCUCCAGGAACUCGUCAAGCAUUACGCUGAGAGGGCCUCUAGGACAUCAGCCAAGGACGUUCCUCGCAACGAGGUCGCAGAAGAAACGUCGUCCCGGUUUCCUGGGGCUGGUUUGACGGUACCUGACACCACCGCGCCGCUUUCUUCGAAGUCAAAGACAGAUGUGCCUCCGAAAGGAGUCGUAAAGCAGAGCCCGUUUUUUCUCAAGGAACUGGAGACCAUAAAGAGCCCGUCGCCGCCGAUGUCUCCGCGGUUUUACACGACGACCGUGGAGGAGUCCGACAUGCUCUGCCCAACAGUCAAGGAAAUAGGCGAGGCGCGGGAGAGUCUAAGAGCUGCAAGCAGAACGUGCACCGACGACUUUCGGAGGCGAAUCGCACUCACUGACCGAACUCCGGCUAGCUCGCCCAAAUUCACGACGACGACGAUUGACGAGGAGACUAAAGUGCGGCCCGUCAAGGGCAUCCUGCAUCCACACACGGUCAGGUCAGAUGGACAGCGAGGCGAACAGCGAGUCGGCCCGAACCUUGCUGCUAGACCAAAUAGUUCGAGUCAGCUGAUCACCACCGUGGGCAACAAGCCGUUCAAGGUGUGUGCGUGGGGCGACAGCUUCAGCAUGACCGAUGAGACGCCGUCUAUCGAGAGCAGGAUAGACGGCUAUCUCCCUCCGAGCAGCCCACCAGCGCAGACCCUCUCGCUGAGGCAGGAACUGGAGGCCGCUAACGCUGCAGCUGGCCUAAGCCUGGAGCAAACGUUCAGGGCCCCGAGAAUGGACUCCAACUGGAGCCUCGUGACUCCGGAGGCCGUGCUUGGAAGUAUGGACGUGGAAUCGAGCGAAACGUCCAUGGGAGGCCUUCGCGCCACCUUCAAGCAAUCUGUCGAUGUUGCAUCCCGAAUGAUUGUGCCGUACGAAGAUGAUACGCUCCUGUUUCCCGCGUCAAAGGACAAGAAAGUCAAAGGGAAUGAGCGCAAGAAGAAAGUAAAUUUUCAGGAGAAGCCCUUCGCUGACGUGCUAGCCGAAAUCGAGGGAGAUUAUGAAGAGUUUGUAAACAAAGCAACGCUCAGGAAAGGUGAGCUCGUUGUUCAUGUGAACAAUGACAGCGUUGCCGAAGGCUCUGUUGGAAACAGUGCAAGUGAAAACGACGAAGAAGGCACUGAUCACGCAUUCAUUGAGUCUCGUGCAGAGGCCGCAGAAGAGAGAGGAAUCGAACAUAAAGGACACAUCAAGCUAGGGAAGGAAGAAAUCGAAGAAAUUGAAGUAGACACCCGCCUGCCUUUGAAGCAAGAAGCAGUUGGUCAAAACACCACUCGGCUAGCCAUUGAACAAAUUGGCGGUCAAAACAACCAAAUGCUGCCAGACCGAAACAUGGUCGAGCUAACAGCUUCUACAAGACGGCUAUCAGUGACGCCGUCACAAACGGUGAGUUCUAGAAACACCGUCGUGAGCCACCCGUUCUGCCGCUCCGACGAAGGGUCUCUGCUGCCGUCAGCGUCGACGACGCUGUCUUUCCUGUCCUCCGACUCCAACGUCAGCGUUGCUCACCGGGCGACAGAUCUGACGUGCUUGCACACCUUCGCAGAGUUGGCCGCUCCUUUUCAAGAGACGGGAGAUGGGAAGUCGCAGACUGGGGUCGCAAACCUUCCGGUUACGCCGAAGCCGGAGUCACCCGCACGGCAGGAGCUUCACCAUCGCCAGAUAGAACCGCAGCUACACCCGCCGCAACAGUACCAGGCCGGGGAGCAGCCGCAGAAGCAGCGACCCCAAGGGAAACCAACACCAUUACCUUCGCAGUCACCUUCGGGUGAAGACAGGUCCCUGCGAUCGUCUCGCCGCUGCCGCAUGCUGCAGCAGGCGAGGCGCCAGGACAGCAUGGAACACCGGAGCGCGCGUUUGCCCAAGCGGCCGAACACGGGCGAACGCCAGCGCUUGGGCCGCUUCGCCGCCAAGGAGCGCCGUUGGGGCGACGACAUCCUCCGAGUCAUUAUGAUGGGCAACAGGCACUACCUUCGCGAGCGGUCGCAAUCAUCGCCGCGCGCUCGGUCGGCCUCGAUUACCGGUGGAGCGGCGUUGUUCGACGAGACGCAGUACAUCAGCCAGCAGAUCGAACUAGCGCACGCCUCCAUCAACAACGCCGACCACACUUGUCCUUCUCCCGUGUUGCGUGAAGCCGCUGUAAGUUCCCCGAUUGCAGCAACGCUUGAGGCGGCAGCGGCUGCACCGACACGCUCCCGCGACUCGCCCGCCAGUGUGGUCAAGGGGGCGUUACUGCCCUGGUCGGAGCAGCGUGCGUCGUCGCCGUCAUCACCACCUUGCCGGGUGUUGCAGCGGUCAUCACCGAGAACCUGUUCGAGGCCUCCGUCCUCUCUGUCGUCGCCAGAUCCACUUGGCGCUAGACAACACGUUACGUGGGGUCCCGGCGGCGAGCAGCGUAAAAUGGACACGAUCGCAGAGGCGGUUUGCGAAAUCGAGCUGGAGGAUCCGCAGGCAGUCGUGGGCGCUCUGGCGUCUAAGAUGUUGGAGCUGAAGACUGGCGGCGACGUGUUUAGCGGUGACACUGUCGCGAAAAGCCCGGUCCAGGUGGUCGUGGUCGAGGACAACACGGACCACCUGGCUCCCAGCCUGACGUCCGAGUUGGGCGCCGAGAGCAGGCUGACGCCCACCUGGCCCCCGUGGGACGUGUGCGAGCGCGACCUUAUGGCGUCCGUCAAGAUGCUCUCGGCGGCCGUUGGCACGCCGGAGUCGUUCGCGAAGACCAUCGAGCUUCCUUCACCCGAGGGUCUGCUGAUGUCGGAGAGCUCGACGCUGGCGAGCCGCGUGGACACCAUGGCUCCGAGCUCCAUCGGCUGCAGCGUCGUCUUGGAGCCGAGCCCCAGCGCGCUUUCGUGCACCACCGGAAGCUCUAAGAACGUGCGCAGCAGGCGGCUCUCGGCCAAGAUACUGGAGGGCCCCUGCUUCGAAUCCAUAUACAAUUCCAUCCUGCAGCCAGGUUCCUCGCCGCCCCUCUCGCUGAGCAUCCCGGUACUCGGUUCUCGAGAUUUCCCGGGCUUUCUCGGACCCCGCGGCAGGCAGACCGGAUCGACGUCCGAGCAGCAGGCGGUUCCGUGCCGCAUCGGUGAUUCCACCAUCUGCGGCAGUUCAGCGGACGCUGCGACGACGAUGUCGGGAGCCCUGAGCUUCGCCUCGUCUCUGGCAACGCAGGAGCGCAGCAGCGCCUAUCAAGUCCAGGCGAGGCGGCGCGCGGAGACAACCGCGGCCGGAGGCCAGGAACGGACGAGCGGCAUGGCUCCACCGAGUGGUGAGCCGAGGCCUAGGAGCAGUAGCAGGCACAGCGGUUGCCGACGCAGAGCGAGCCGGACGCCGAGCUCUGGCAUCCUGCAACAACAGGAGGCUCCAGCCGCGUGGCCGGAGGACAGUGCGGCAGAGGUGGUGGCCUCCGACUCGGAGGGCGGGCCAAUUGGUGCGGAUGUCGACAGCGAGGAGGACCACUCGUCGUUCUUCUCCUUCGAAGAGUCGGCCUCGGAGACGUCCCUGCUGCCAGACUCCGCGAACCUGGACUGGUGGACCUCGACGCGUGCCUCGCGCAGCCGCACCGACCUCCCAUGAGUCGGCCUGCACUGACGAGCCGGCCCUUGCCGCCGGCAAAGCCUGCGCUGUGCGCGACCUCGGCGCGUGCUUGUCCGGAAGCCUGUCGCAUCGCCGGCGCCGCAACGCCCGGCCCGAGCCGCUGAAAGGUCGCUCGCCCGGAGAGCUGCGGCGGGCUCAACUAUUAGCUACGGUAUUGCGGUGAACAACGCAACCUUCUUCAAUAAAUGAGCCUAUAAACUACUUCGCGAGAGCCCUCGCUACAAAUUCA